AAGGGUUUUUCUGUUAUCUCUGUGGGAAUACCUAUGUGUAGCUUCAUAACCUGACUGGAGAGCAGCAUCAGGGUAAACAGAGCAGACAAAAUGGAAUUCAGAUUAGAUUAUCAAGAAACAAAUGAAGAAUUUGCAUUUGGAAGUCACUAACUUUUACGGAACUUGGGUGAAGACAUUUAUAUAAAUCGAGGGGUUUAAAGAAAGCAAUCUUCUCUGUUUUGGCCUGCAUGUUGCUUUCAGCUCUUGGAUAUCUUCUCUGAUAUUAUUAAGUUGAAUUUCAAUGCAAGGAUCUGUUAUUCCAAGUCUGAUCUUGGACAAACAAUGGAGGGGUUUGGGCAUGAGCACUUUCGAGAAGGAGAGAAUGAGAGCCAGCAAGCGGACUAUCGAAGAUUUGUAGGGGACACUCAGCGCUCAUGUAACAAUGUUUCAUCCCGGGAAUUAAAACGUUACGUCCGGCAAAGCUCACACGGUCAUGAAACUGCAGCUCAGCGAUACAAUGCCACACGGAUCCAGGCUGGUUUAGGCCCAGAGAGCAUGGCAGAUUACCUAAUAAGUGGUGGCACAGGCUACAUUCCCGAUGAUGGGCUCUCGGCACAGCAGCUCUUCUCCACUGGAGGUGGUCUAACAUACAAAUCUGACCAACAGUGUGUUGUCUCCGAUGGUCAAACGGCUGAAGAGCUAUGCUCUAAAGGAGAUGGGUUGACUUACAACGAUUUCCUGAUUUUACCUGGCUUCAUCGACUUUACCUCUGACGAAGUGGACCUGACAUCAGCACUGACUAGGAAGAUUACAUUGAAAACCCCUCUCAUUUCCUCCCCCAUGGACACUGUGACAGAGUCGGCCAUGGCAAUAGCUAUGGCGCUAAUGGGAGGCAUUGGCAUUAUUCACCACAACUGCACACCAGAAUUCCAAGCCAACGAGGUCCGCAAGGUCAAGGCUAUGAGGUUCGAACAGGGUUUUAUUACAGACCCAGUUGUUAUGAGUCCACGCCACACAGUCGGGGAUGUGUUUGAGGCCAAAGUUAGACAUGGUUUCUCUGGUAUUCCUGUCACAGAGACAGGAAAAAUGGGCAGCAAACUGGUGGGUAUUGUCACCUCCAGAGAUAUCGACUUCCUCUCUGAGAAAGACCGUGGCAAGCCUUUGGAGGAGGCUAUGACUAAGAGGGAGGAGUUGGUAGUGGCUCCUGCUGGUGUUACACUAAAAGAAGCCAAUGAUAUUCUGCAGCGCAGCAAAAAAGGCAAGCUUCCCAUUGUAAAUGAUAACGAUGAACUGGUGGCCAUUAUUGCCAGAACGGAUCUAAAGAAGAACCGGGAGUACCCCCUCGCCUCCAAAGACUCACGCAAACAGCUUCUCUGUGGUGCUGCUAUCGGAACCAGGGAGGACGACAAAUACAGACUGGACCUGCUGGUGCAAGCUGGAGUUGAUGUCGUUGUACUGGACUCCUCGCAAGGCAACUCGGUGUAUCAGAUCAACAUGAUAAACUAUAUUAAGCAGAAGUAUCAAGAAUUACAAGUGGUGGGAGGAAAUGUGGUCACAGCAGCCCAGGCCAAAAAUCUGAUUGAUGCCGGCGUGGAUGCUCUGAGAGUCGGCAUGGGCUGCGGCUCCAUCUGCAUCACACAAGAAGUCAUGGCAUGUGGACGACCCCAGGGGACCUCUGUGUACAAGGUGGCAGAGUAUGCUAGGCGUUUCGGUGUGCCAGUCAUCGCUGACGGUGGCAUUCAAACUGUGGGCCAUGUGGUGAAGGCUUUAGCUCUCGGUGCAUCAACUGUUAUGAUGGGCUCCUUGCUAGCAGCCACAACUGAGGCUCCUGGAGAGUACUUCUUUGCAGACGGUGUGCGACUGAAAAAGUAUCGUGGUAUGGGCUCCCUGGAUGCAAUGGAGAAAAGCACAAGCAGUCAGAAACGCUAUUUUAGUGAGGGUGACAAAGUGAAAGUAGCCCAGGGUGUGUCGGGCUCAGUCCAGGACAAGGGUUCCAUUCACAAGUUUGUACCAUACCUGAUAGCAGGAAUCCAACAUGGGUGCCAAGAUAUUGGGGCAAAGAGUCUUUCCGUCCUUCGUUCCAUGAUGUACUCUGGAGAGUUGAAGUUUGAGAAGCGCACCUUAUCUGCACAGGUGGAGGGUGGUGUUCAUGGUCUCCACUCAUUUGAGAAGAGGCUUUACUGAACAGGGGUGUGACAUGUGGAUCACCCAGUGCACAGGACCUUCCCAAUCUUACAGUGACCAAAUGUUAUAUCGCUACUUCUGCUAGAACACAUGCCGCCAACUACACCCCCUCUGCAGCAUCAUAUUCACUGUUGCUCUUUCUGAUCUUACCCGGCUGGUCUAGAGGGAGGGGGGGAAAAGAAGGGGGAGGAGGGGCAUCGCAGCGAAGUGUGAAUUUUCAAACUGACACCUAACUCUCUGAACACCUUGGAUUUUGCACUUAAGAAGCAGAGCAUCAGGGUCUUUGGAAAAACACACACACCUGUAUCACAGCUAUACAGCCCGAUCCCAGUUAUAUGUGCGUGUCGAUGGCAGUGAGAGAACAAAGGGGUUGAAUUAAGAAUAGUGUGCUUGAAUGUGUGAUAUAGUUUUGUGUAUGUGUGUGUGUGUGGGGACAGACAAAGUGAAGGUGCGCUAUGUUUAUUUGUCCUGUUUCUGUUAGUGAGCUGACAACAGUCAUUGUGCGCAGGUCCCAUCAGCAUCCUUUUUUUUGUCUUUAUUUCUUAAUUUCCCCCUGAUGUUUACCUGCGAGUUGCCUCAAACAUCCCAUUUUGGAACCAGAAUAAUACACACAUGCAAACAACAAGAGAAACACUUCUGCUCUAUUUGUGCAGCGUGGCAGUCGAUCACGGCAAACAUCAUUACAGGUAUGCGCUGCACGAAGAGUAGCCGCUUAUAGUUGAGCAUUCAUUCACUCGGUGUAUCGUGCAGUCAGAAAUACACGGCCAUGGUAGUCAUCUGGUCAAGUUUGUCUCCUCCAGUGUCAACAGUAGAUGGAGGUCAGACCUGCAACCUUUUUAUCUUCGUGAAUAUUCAUUUACCCCUUAGACAUACUGAGCCGAAUAACCAGUGUCCCAUCUCGAUGUGUAGUGUUCAUGUGUUGAGCAAGGAGAGGACCAAAAUCCGAAGAUCAGGUAUAUUUAAAGGAGAAAAAAAACAAUAAAAAUGUGUCAAUCAAAAAUAGUUGAGUUUUUUUGCCCGUACUUUGAAUACUUUUAGAUAUAUUAAAAACAACAAAAGCUUUAUAUUAAACCUGUAUAGUCUCGGGGAGGGGGGCUUUGAAAUGAGCAUGAAGAGUUUUUGAUAUGCAUGUUUCUUUUUUCACUAAGCCAAACAUGGCCGUAUUUAUAUUCUGCGUUAAUUGCAUACAUACUGCCAAGUGUAUUUACACUUCGUUUGACACUUCUUUUAUAAGUUAAAAACCAAAAUUGGUGCAACAAGUUGCUUCUCACUUGUUUGUUCCUGCUCUUUUCACGUCGUGGCAUAGUUUCUCGGAGUCUUAAAGUGUCUUUUCACUGGAGACAUGCCUUGAAACGGGGGUGGGUAACAGCUGUAAGACGGCUAUGUGAAAAUGCAUUGAAAUGCAUAAUGUUACAGACCUUCUUGACUCCAUUUCUUGCUUUGAAACAGUCUCAUUGUUUGUUUUUAUCGUUAAGCUUAUGUAGGAGUAGGUUUAUUUUCUAACAUUUUCAUACAAAGUUAUGUUUUUGUUUUUUGUGGCCCAGAGUGUAAGCAAGAAUUGUUUUCCUAACUGGCUAAUGUAUUACACCCUGCGCAGGGUUCACUUGACUAACAUGAUCUUGCAGCUGGGCUGAAUUGCAAAAAGUACAUUAAAAUAUAUGGAGACUUGUAUACCUGUAGUUGGAAAUGACUGCUGCUUGUUUUCAGUUUCCCCACCUAAAGUUGUAAUUCAGGUUUUUAAAACGUCUUAAGUUGUCAAGUACAGAGUCCUGUUGGUCCAUCUAAAAAGGCACAAAUACAGUUAUUUGAAGUAGUUUUUUUUUGUUUGUUUGUUUGUUUUUUGCCUUAUCAGCCUCACAAGCGUUGCCAAAACACAGCGGUUGCUUAUGCAACUUGCAAUCUAAAUGACAAGAUAACUGCAAUUUAAUUUUUUUUAAUUUUAAUUUUUUUAGAUGGACUAAAAAGACUUUGUAUGUAGUAAAUCGUUUAGGGGAAUUUGAGGACUGUUGUGUCAGAACAUGUUUACAGUAAAACACUCGACAGAGGAACGUUGCUUUUGCUGUUCAUCAAAGUAAAAAGAAUAAAUGAAUAAAACCAUG